AUGCAGCUGUCUGUGCAGAGUGUGAUAAGCAUCAUUUUAUCUAUAAUCGGGAUACAUGGAAUCAUUAUAAACUCCGCCAUCCUCUCUGUGUACAUCAGACUCUGGAGAACGAGCAAUAGACUCGGAGCCAGUGACCCAAUCCUGCUCUCUAUGGCUCUCACCAAUCUCCUCCUGGUGUGUCAGUUGUUGGUGAGCUAUUACUUGUCUUAUCACACUGAAAUGAACAUAAGCACACUCUUGUUUUUGAGUUAUGUCCUUUACGUCCUGUACAAUAUGAGUUUGUGGAACACCGCCUGGCUCUCCAUCUGCAACUGUGUGAAACUCGUCACCGUUACCCACCGGAUCUUCCUCUGGGUGAAAAUGUGGUUUCCCUCUUCCAUCACCAAACUCCUCAUAGGAUCAGCAAUAUGGUCAGUUCUGGUGACAUUGCCCUUUAUAUGGACAGUACAGAUGAUGUUUCCACAGAAUACAAACAUUACCAAUGGGCCACUUGGUCUCCCAAUGAACAUGGAUGUCUCAUUUAUUGUAGUGAACGUGCUGCUCAGUUACACCAUUCCUUUUACCUUGACUGCCAUCUGUAUUGGGCUCAGUGUGACGUCUCUCCUGCACCAUGUCUGGAGGAUCAGGCAGAACGUGUCCCAGGACAGCUCAUCCCCUCAGCUCCAGGCUCUUGUUCGGGCGGCUGUGACAAUGAUUCUGCAUGUGCUGUUAGACCUGGUCUUCCUUAUUUUUGUCAUUUUCAUGUUCGUUGUGUUGUCCUAUAUCAGUCCUGUGAUAAUAACAUUAUCAUGGGUGUAUCUCUUCUCAUUCCCAUCUGUACAAUCUUUUAUACUAAUAUUUGGAAACCCCAAAUUAAAGAGAAGUCUCUUCAGAUGA